AAAAAAAAAAUUAAUAAAAGAAACAAGAGAAAAAGAAGUAACCAGUUUGCGUUUCUCCUUCUCUCCGUUUCAUUCAUUCCUUUCGCCAUCGACCACCGCAGCACCGCUCUCAAAUCCGCUCUCAAAUCUCUCUAUUUCUCAUUCUCUCAGUCUCAGGCCGCUCUCCGCCGCCGCUCUCAGCCUCUCUCUCUCGCAGUCGCAGCGCAGACAGGAGAACGAGAUAGAGAUGAGAGAGAUUCAGUUACAGUUGAGUCAAACUCAGAAGGUCCGUCUACAGAAGGCUCUAGAACACCUGGAAUCUCUAUCUUCUAAGGUGAAUUCCGAUGCUUCGGUGACCAUAGCAGAUUCUAUACCUGUCAACCAUGAAGACGGCGUGCUCAAGGGACACGGAACUGCCGAUCUUGAGGGAGAAGUCGUUGCCACGCUCUGUGGUGUUGUCGAGCGUGUUAACAAGCUUGUUUAUGUCCGCACGUUGCGGUCAAGGUACAAACCUGAGGUUGGUGACAUUGUUAUUGGGCGUGUCAUUGAGGUUGCUCAGAAACGUUGGAGAUUGGAUAUUAAUUACAGUCAAAAUGCUUAUCUGAUGCUUUCUGCUAUGAAUAUGCCUGAUGGUGUGCAGAGGCGAAGGACAGCUUUGGAUGAACUAAAUAUGCGCUGUAUUUUUGAGGAGGCAGAUGUCAUUUGUGCCGAAGUUCGUGGUUUUCAGCAGGAUGGCUUACACCUUCAAGCAAGAAGUCAAAAAUAUGGAAAGCUUAGUACUGGUCAACUGAUUACAGUCACACCUUAUUUAGUGAAGAGACAGAAACAACAUUUCCAUCAUCUGGAGCAGUAUGGAAUUGAUUUAAUAAUUGGCUGUAAUGGAUUCAUAUGGGUUGGGGAACAUGUUGAAGUCAGAGAUGACAUGGUAGAAGAUCAAGUGAGCCAAUCUGAUCCACAAGUUUUAAUUCCCAAUAAAAAUUCUGUGAGUCUUGAAGAACAAGAGAAAAACUAUACGGCAUUGGAGACAAGAAAACACAUAUGCAGGGCUGCUAAUGCUGUUAGAGUAUUGUCCACUUUAGGUUUCAUUAUAACUUUGGAAAUCAUCAAGGGAGUUAUUGAUCUAAGUCUUUCUAUGAAUCUUGAUAUACACGACAUGCUUGGUUCAGAGUUCUGUGUUCUGGUUGCCGAAAAAGAGGCAGAAAGAAGAAGCUCAAAUAAAAAGAAGCGGUAGAUUGUGAAAUCGUGGUUAUUAUAAAAGCCAAGUUUUACUAUUCCUUUGCUCGUCUGCAAAUUGGGUAAAGAAGAGUAAAGGAAUCCUUCUAAUUGUAGCAAGUUUUUCUUCAAUCAUGUUGGAUGGACUUAUUUUUUAUGUUAAAGCUAUUGCACCUGCAGAGAUGUUAAAGCAGGUAUAAUGAAAUUGGGUGAACUGUUUUCCUCAUUGGCCGUUGCUACCUUGCUUUUCAGGAUUCACACUAAGUGACCUGUGGCCCUUGUCUGUAAUCUGUAUUGUUUGCAUAGUCUUAUGGGUUGUUUUUGGAUCUUCGAUUUGUAUACUGAAUUAGAGCAAAAACAUUAGUAUUGAUACUUUCAUUAUAAUUUACAAACGCAGAUCAAAAUUUUUAUGGA